UCGGGAUGGGGGCCAGGAAUGGCAACCUGAAUUUUAAGGAAUGGCUGCUCUCACCUCCCAACGAAGACAAGUUGGGCAGUCGCAAGUGCUCGGACAUGGUGGCAGCGAAGUGACAUUGGCCAAAAGUUCAGACAUUCGCCGGGCAUUGGCUGCGUCAGUCACAAGAGCAGCUUUGGAAAGGGCAAGGGCUGAGCGCGAAGCUCCAAUGAACGGCUUCGAGCAAAGACAGAAGGAAGCCAGAGAAGGUCUCAACCAACUUGGAUUGUCAUCUGUCCCAAAGGACAAGAUGGAGAAGGGGUGGGGCUGGUGCGUCAAAGGCCGUCAGCCUCCUGACCUUGCAGGACUAAAAAAGUCCUUCAGUGGGGUAGAACUACGCACAGAUGGGGAAGUCAUCAGAGGCCUUUGCCGUGCAGAGAAUUACGAGUCAUGCCCUGAAGGCGAACGCCCCUUCUUCGGCGAGCAACGCGCCCAUGGCACUGAAGUUUGGGAUGGUCGGAUGCGUGGCGGCGAGCUGGCGAGGAAUGGCUGGGCUGGUACCUUCCCAUUGACACAUCAGAGGGGCUGUAUGCCUUGGGCAGGCUGAGCUGUUUCCAGACACUUUGAGGCAACUUUGAGGUCUCGAAGUUUGGAGUUUGGUUGAUCUUUCAAUGUGUUUUGAUGUGUUUUGAUGUGUUUUGUGGUGGUUUCAAUUUCUCUGUUUAUGAGUGCAAGAUGGAUCAAGAUGUUGCAAUUGCUGAAGGGAGGUCAUACAAUAUGACCUUCCGUCCCACUCCUGAGUUUCACGAGUCACGUCACCUGUGAUUUGCAUGAAAAUGAA